CCUCUAAUCAGCUGUUUGUGUGGGUAAAAAGAGUCAUUUUCCAACUGCUCGAUUUCCUUAAAAAUGCAGGACUUGAAAAAAGGGGACUCACUGCGACUUCCCAACGGCGAUGGAACAGCCAACGAUGAGGUCAAGUCCCCGUUUCUGAUCGGCGUGGCCGGCGGAACGGCCAGCGGCAAGUCGACGGUCUGCAAGAAGAUAAUGGAGCAGCUGGGUCAGGCGGAAAUGGAUCACACGCAGCGCCAGGUGGUGUCCAUCAGCCAGGACAGCUUCUACCGGGAACUGACGGCCGCCGAGAAGGCCAAGGCCCAGAAGGGCCUUUUCAACUUUGACCAUCCGGACGCUUUUAACGAGGAGCUCAUGUUCAGCACUCUACAAAACAUCCUUCAGGGCCACAAAGUGGAGAUUCCCAGCUACGACUACCGCACCAAUUCGCUAGACUUUGAAAACAUGCUGGUUAUCUACCCAGCCGAUGUGGUCUUGUUUGAGGGCAUCCUGGUCUUUUACUUUCCGAAAAUACGCGAACUAUUCCACAUGAAGCUGUUCGUGGACACAGACUCCGAUACCAGAUUGGCCAGAAGAGUGCCACGUGAUAUAAAUGAGCGUGGCCGUGAUCUGGACGCAGUGCUCACCCAGUACAUGACUUUCGUGAAGCCCGCCUUCGAGGAAUUCUGCUCGCCCACGAAAAAGUUUGCUGACGUUAUUAUACCGCGAGGCGCCGACAACACAGUUGCCAUUGAUCUUAUUGUACACCAUAUCGGGGAGAUUCUCGCCACCACCAACAGCGCACAGCACAGCAACACAGUCAGGGUGGCGGCGUCCAGCAUGAAGCGAGAUCACUAAUCGCAAUUAUAAACUCGCUUCUGGGGCGGCCACUUCCUCGUCCUAACGCCGCGUCUUGAGCUUGUACUAAUUGCCAAAAACUAAAGCCCGAAAGCUUAUGAAAGAUAUAGAAAACCAAGGCGCCGCAGCACACUAAGACAAAUGUCCAUUAAUAAGCGCCGGCAUCGCUUCUCAUUUGGUCUUCUCAUCGUAACCAAUUAGCGUAGUCUUAAGAUUAAAAGUAUCUUUAGUAUCUACUUGCAUAUGUUCAACAAUACAUGGUAGUGUGUAUGUAAGCUCGUUUCUGUUCAUCAAGAUAACCCAACCUAAGAUUGCGUUCCCAGUCUAACUCUGGUCUUAUGUUAUAGCAUCAAUUUAAAUGAUAAAGUUAAUAUCGAUCCCUGGGGUCUAACCUGGUGCCUAGCCCCAAAUCUGGUUACCUUACGAGGUUUUAAGCACUCUACUCACCAAACCACACGUGUUACACAUCUAACUAUUGUGUCUAUAUUUAGAUGCCCGAUACUUUGUUAACCACUCUAAUCAAAUUAAUAUUUGUUGAUGCUUUGUUACAAGUAUAUGUUAAUACGAAACAUUUACCAGCUCAAUUUCCGUUACUACUUUCAAACUCUGUAAGACUUUAAUAAUUUGUGACUGAUUUCGAUUUCUAUCUGUAUAGUUUUGCAUAGUUUUCCGAUAUUUACAGAUUAAAAUGUCCUUAAAAUAAUAACAAAUAGUUAACUCAUUCCUAUAACUCAAAUAUAAACAUUUUCUGUUUAUCUAUUUCUAACCUUUUUCAACCCAAUAUCCCUUAUAAAAUGUUAUAUUUAUAAAAUAGCAAAUCAGUAAAUGUCGAAACUGUCAAAUCGAAACUAUAUAGUUUCAAUAUAAGCAAUUGUUCCAAAAGCAAUACGUUUGAAUGAAAAUACAAUUUCUGUUGUAGGGAUAUCUAUCCCAUUUUUUCUUAGUACCGGGCAUCUUAAAAGUCAGCUCCUGCGGCUUUAGUUUUUCUAAAUCGUUGGUACUAUAAACACUUUAAUGCUGUCUCAAAUACACAAAUGCUAAGAUACUCUAUUGCCUAGCAAGGCCUGAAGAUAA